AUGAAGCCGGCGGGCGUCAGAGAGGGCAGUCUCUUCACUGAGAGUUACUGUACCAUCUGUAAUGCCCAGCUUAUCUCCCAGUCCCAGAGGGUGGCACAUUACGAGAGUAAGAAACAUGCCAACAAAGUCCGUCUCUUCUACAUGCUUCACCCUGAGGAUGGAGGCCCUCCCUCAAAAAGACUGAGACCAGACAACCCAGACAGUGCGGACACGGAGGUGGACAGGAAUAAGUGCUGUACUCUGUGUAAUAUGUUCUUCACGUCUCCUGUGGUGGCCCAGUCUCACUACCAGGGCAAGACACACGCCAAGAGAGUCCGACUAGUGCAGGGAGGGCAGGCUCCACAGCCAAACGUGAAGCCCUGCACCGACAACUCCCCCUCAGCCCCUCCUCCUCCUCAGGCUCCACCCAUUUCGUGGUCCCUGGCCAAUAGCAAAGGAGAGGCGGGGAAGUUCUGUUGCCUGUGUGGGGCGUGGUUUAACAACCCUCUGAUGGCUCAGCAGCAUUACGGGGGAAAGAAACACAAGAGGAACGCCAGCCGUGCCCGCCUCCUGGAACAGCUCGCAGGGAACCUGGACGCCACGGCAACCGCAGGUCUACAGAGCAGCUACUCCUGCAGUGUGUGUACAGUCACACUGAACUCCAUCGAGCAGUACCAUGCACACCUUCACGGCUCCAAACACCAAACCAAGUAUCGCCGCGUGGAGACAGGUAUCGCUGUGUGGAGACCGGUAUCGCCGUGUGGAGACAGGUAUCGCCGUGUGGAGACAGGUAUCACCGUGUGGAGACAGGUAUCGCUGUGUGGAGACCAGUAUCGCCGUGUGGAGACAGGUAUCGCCGCGUGGAGACAGGUAUCGCCGCUUGGAGACAGGUAUCGCUGUGUGGAGACCGGUAUCGCCGUGUGGAGACAGGUAUCGCCGUGUGGAGACAGGUAUCGCUGUGUGGAGACAGGUAUCGCCGUGUGGAGACAGGUAUCGCCGUGUGGAGACAGGUAUCGCCGUGUGGAGACAGGUAUUGCUGUGUGGAACAGGUAUCGCUGUGUGGAGACAGGUAUCGCUGUGUGUCUGGGAGAGAUAAAGGGAUCGCUGGCAUGUCGGUUCUAUCUGUUCCGUGUUGAGGCUGAGAUAAGGAAUUGGAGAAUGUUACCUGGGAAAUCAGAUUAG